CUCAGUGCAAUCCUAGGACAGACAGACAGAGCAGACCACAUCAAGCAAGAAAGAGCAAAAUCCGUCGCUGAAAUCGUUCAAUAUUUCUUAUUCUGUAUUGAGAGACGAGGAUUACCAAUUUUGGGGAAUGUUCUGAAUGGAUACGCACAUUUGCAGUAUAUUAUGAUGUGCCAGUUGCACUGCUACAUUUUAAUGCAGUUUUACAAAAUGUCAGGGAAUUAAGUUUUGGGUGACAAUUUUUUUAAUUGGAGACAUGGACUAAUACGCAGAGAAUAAUGAUUUUUUUCAGUGUCUUGGAGUGAACGUGCAUUUGGGGAUUUAAACUAAAUUAACCAGUAUUUUUGUAGUAAUCAAUUUGUAGUUUUAAUCAAGUGCCAAGUCAUGGAACUAUUAUUCGAAAUUCUGUUUGUACCUGCUUUUGUCACUUUGAUUCAGGUUAAUGGCGAAGUAGUACAGCCAAAGUCAUCCAAGCAUCCAGGCCUCCAGGUGUUAGGCACAGCCUCACACUAUUGGCCACUGGAUAAGGUGGACGGGAUCCAUGGAUUGUGGGACCAGAUUGGAAACAGACCAGGUCAUGUUAAUGGAAGUAAUAUAACUCUUCAAAUCCACAAGCACACUGUGCUCCCUUCCUCCCAUAACUCUUCCUCUGUGUAUACCAAUGACUCUGCCUACACUAAUGUUUCUGCAACAGUAGACAUAGUUGAAGGGAUGGUCAACAAGGGGAUCUAUCUGAAUGGAGAUAAUGGAGGCACAUUUCUCCACUUUGGGAACUACCAGAACUCCUGCAUUAGUGACCCCACUCUGUGUGGCCCUGAGGGGAUUACAUUUUCCUUCUUUUGGAAGAACCAGGAGGCAGAGUCCCGUUUUGCAAUAGUCUCUGGAGGGAAAGUCAUCUCCAAUGGCUUCUCUGUCUAUGCCAAUGCCUACAUUGGAUACGUAGAGUUCUACACACGAGGAAACUUCAAGAGGUGGAGGGCUAACAUCAAUAUACUAGGGCCCUUCUGGACCCACAUUCUGUUCACCUGGACCCUGAAGGAUGGUCUCAACAUCUACAUCAAUGGGACAUUCAACACCAGUGACCCCACUGGCAACGUGUCUAUGAACUAUGGAGACCCUUACCCUGACCUGGUCAUUGGGACAGGAAAUGACCAGUCCUAUGGACACCAUUUGACAGGUGCCUUUGAUGAGUUUAUCAUCUGGGAGAGGGCUCUGUCACCAGAGGAGAUCCUUAUGUACUACAAGGCUGCCAUAGGUGAUGCUUGGACUUAUCCUACCACAGCAAGUGUUCCUAAAGAAGUCUCCUCUACGACACAAACACCGGGAAACACAGAUGUGUCCCAUUCUAUCACCACCAAGCUGAGUGAGGAGAUCCACAGCUCCCAGGACCCUCUGCCCAUGCAAGGCUUCCUGGAGUUUCUGCCAUUCAGCCUGCCCAACAAGACCAUCCCCCAAGACACUGCCAACAACCUCACACAGGCCUUUCUGAAGAGUGUGGGGGAAGUACUGUCUUCUGAAGUGGCUCGAGAGGAUGAGGAGUCCACCCCUGUGGUCAGUGGGCUGAUUGAGACAGUGGACAAAGUGAUGGUCCAGAUGGUGUCCAGCCUGGAGUCCAGCCCCAGCCCUCACUCUCUCAUCUCACUGGGAGGAAAGUCCUUUGUAGCAGAUUACUCUCUAAUGAAGAUCCCACAGAACUACAAUCUUCCACUCUACCGCUUCCCCACGCAAGGAAAGAACUACAUCUCAGUGCCUGGCGAGGCAUUCACCAUGCAGUCCCAAACCACCAUUGUGGGUGUGUUCUACCACAACAUGCACAACUACUACACAGGGAUCAACCCCCUCAGGACCAGGAUCAACGAGGCAGCUGAUUUCAAAGACCAUAAGAUCCAGGUGGCCAGUUUCCUCAUCUCACUGAAGGUGGAGCCAUCGCCUGCCCUGUCCGUCAACCUGUCUGGGUCUCCGCUCAUCAAGAUCGUCCUCACACACAUCCUGAACAGGGAUCAGCAGGGUCAAGCCUUAAACCAGAGCAACAAAGUGUUCCUCUACUGUGCCUUCCUCGACUACAGUUCAAAGGAGGGUGUUUGGUCCAAUGAGGGCUGUGUGCGGUCCGAAGGGAACAUGUCCUACUCGGUGUGUCUGUGUAAUCAUCUCACCAACUUCGCCAUCCUCAUGCAGGUGGUGCCCAUGGAGCUUUCCAAGACCCACCAGGUGGCACUAUCAACCAUCAGUUACACUGGCUGUGCCAUCUCCAUCUUUUGUCUGACCAUCACUCUGGUGACGUUUGCAAUCCUGUCGACAGUGAGCACUAUCUGUAACCAACGCUACCACAUCCAUGCCAACCUGUCCUUUGCCAUUCUGGUUGCACAGAUCUUGCUGCUCAUCAGCUUCCGCUUUGACCCGGGCACGCUGCCCUGUAAGGUGAUGGCUGUGCUUCUCCACUUCUUCUUCCUGAGUGUGUUUGCCUGGAUGCUGGUGGAGGGCCUGCACCUCUACAGCAUGGUCAUCAAGGUUUUCGGCUCCGAGGGCAGCAAGCAUUUCUACUACUACGGGAUUGGCUGGGGGUCUCCACUGGUGAUCUGUGUGGUUUCUAUGACAUCAGCCUUGGACAGCUACGGAGAGGUUGGCAACUGUUGGCUGUCUUUGAAGAUCGGGGCUAUUUGGGCCUUUGUGGCACCAGCACUGUUUGUUAUUGUGGUGAAUAUUGUGAUUCUUAUAUCUGUGACGAGGAUCAUCUCUCGUAUUAGUUCAGAGAAUUACAAGGUUCAUGGAGAUGCCAACGCAGUCAAGCUGACUGCAAAGGCAGUGGCUGUACUCCUUCCUAUUCUGGGCAUCUCCUGGAUCUUUGGGGUACUGGCCAUCAACGAUCACUCACUGAUGUUCCAGUACAUGUUUGCUGUGUUCAACUCAUUACAGGGAUUCUUUAUUUUCCUGUUCCAUUGUCUUCUCAACUCUGAGGUCAGAGCUGCCUUCAAGCACAAAACCAAGGUGUGGUCGCUUACCAGCAGCUCCAUUCGCAAUAUCAAUGUGAAACCCUUCAACUCUGAUGUUAUUAAUGGAAACAGAGGAGGCGUGAGCCCCACAAAGAUAAACACAUGGGACAAAAGCACCUACUCAGCCAAUCGGAUCGACCUGUCCGCUGUGUAAAACUACAGGACUUCGCUUCCAAUAAUGGCGGAAGUAGGAUGCCAUGCCAACCUUGGGUUCACAAGAUUCAUUGACAAACACUUGCUUAAGUAUUGUGUUGUUGCCCACUGUUAUAUGUGAUGUAUGAUCCACUCUCAUGGACUCAAAAGGAAAAGCCUUAGAUAAGGGGGUGUGUUGUGGUGUAGUUACAUAGUUAGGAUGUCAUGCGUCUUCAUGUAGAGCUCUAUACACAAUGACUAACCAUUCUUACAGCUUCCAUAGCCCACAGCCUCCCACUCCCUUACUCAUUUACAUUUACAUUUAAGUCAUUUAGCAGACGCUCUUAUCCAGAGCGACUUACAAAUUGGAGCAUCCAAUACUCCUCCACUAUGCAAUGAUUUGAUGUAAAGCUGUAACCCCAAAGGGGCAUCAGCACAUCAUGAAGACAAAGACUCAAGGGACUGUGCCUUUCAACUUCUUUAAUAAAAGACAGCUGGCCAGACGCAUAUGCACUCUUAGAAAAAAGGGUUCUUCUGCCGUCCCCAUAGGAGCACCCUGUUUGGUUCCCAUGUAAAACACUCUGUGGAAAGGGUUCUACAUGUAACCCAAAAGGGUUCUACCUGGUAACAAAGAGGGUUCUACAAAGGGUUCACCUAUGGGGAAAGCUGAAGAACCCUUUUAGGUUGUAGAUAGCACCUUUUUUUUGUAGGGAGUGUAGGGAUGGGAAUUCUGAGGGGACUUUGUGAGAUUGUAAGAGCCCUUGGCCUUGAGAAUUUAAAACAUGCCAUUAACUGUUUCAGAUUGUUUGUGUCCAACAUUGUAUAAUGUGUUGAAAUGUUUCUUCCCAAGUAUGUGUCAUGAAUAAUUAUCAAUUUGACCAGAGGCUAUCCAAUGUUUUGCAUUGGUAUAUUUUGUGAUAUGUAAACAUACGUUUAGCUUUAACUUUGAGUUUUAUUGUUAAUUUCAGAAUGAAUUAUGGUUUUGACAAAGUCACAAUGGAGGCUAUAACAGCCUGGUAAUGGGUUUGUGCAGGAUGGUUAUUCUAUUACAGGGUCCUGGCUGGAUGGUACAUGAAGCAUUAUGUGUCGAACCAACCAAUGAAAGAAUAAAUAACAAUGUUCUUCUUUUCUGAAAUAUUUAAUGUUCAGAAAGUGCAAAACAUUGAAUCUGGCACCAAACAAACGUGCCUUAGCACAUACAUACAUACAGGGAUGAAUACUUUAAUGUAAAAAGUGUAAUCAAAUCAAGACCCCCACAGUUAAAUGUACUUAUUUAUGGAUUUUGUCAUUUACAGUUUUAAAAAUUUGCAAAGCAUCAGAGCACACAAGUCACUCAAUGCUCACAAUGUUUGAUACUCUGCCUCUCUUGAAGUUCUUUGUUGUUUCUUCUGACAAUGAUGAGUUGAGAUGAGUUGAGAAUGCUAUUUCCGAAUGUACCUCAUGUCUCUGUAAGCUGCAUUAUUUCAUGCUUUUUUAUAAAAUAGAGAAUUAUUGCGUUAGACAUAGUUCUGUGAAUUUGUAUUCGUUUUCCAUUUAUCUUUUUAAAUUACACAGAUCAUUAGAUUUUUUUAUCAUGAUUUGUCUUUGAGGAUACAUAGUAAUAGCAUACACAUGUAUUUCACAAACACACGUCCAGCAAAGUGUAUUUUUGUUGAGUUUCACUGAGAUUGGAGAUGUCUUGUUUAAAGUCUUGAUUGUUCUGACACUGUACCAACACUUAGUCUCCUACAAUAGGAUUUACUUUAUGAAAUAAUUGAAAAGCACUUCCUAGUCUUUCAGUAUUUCAGAACAGACCAUUCUAUCAUAUGGACUGCAUUUGUUUUGUUCUAUAGUACUUCAUGUUCAAGGUUUCUCUCUUAUUUCUGUUGUGGAAUAAAAAUAGAAACAAAAAAUGUAUUGAAUGUAAUUCCUCUGUCAACAGUCCUCAGUAGCUAAUGUAUGUAAAAGAAAUAAUAAUAAUAAUAAGUACUGUUACACCUGCACUAUCUACUGUAAGUAGAAACUCCCGUAAGAAGUUACCCAGCUGGCAUAUAACAUUCUGAGAACCAUGUGUUUCAUAGAGCUUGGUGAGCGCGUGGUUUUCCCAUGGGUACUUGCAUACUACCUUCCCACAACCUUUUGGGAAUGGUGCAGGAUAGUUGCUUGGUUUUGGAACAUUAGCACAUUUAAGGAACUUGACAAAAAACAUUUUCCUGCUAUUUCAUUACUUUAACAGAACGUUUCAUAAAAGUUCAAACAUGGUUACAUUUCAUUUCAAUUUUGUUAAUGAUCUAGUAAUGUUUUCGAACUGGUUUGACAUUGGGAAUGUUCUCUAAUUGUUCAGAGAACGUUAAGAAACAACAUUCUUUUGUGGGAAUUUCAUUACUUCAGCAUAACGUUUCCUACAGAGUUCCUCAUGUUUCUAUUUAAAGUCAUCCUCAAAUUGUACCAAGAAUGUGAAGAAACAUUCUGUGGGAAUUUCAUUACCUCAGCAUAACGUUUCCUAAAGGUUUCCUCACUGUUCUAUUUAAAUUAAUGUUCUCAAAUUGUUCAGAGAACAUUAAGAAAACUUUCGGUAAAAAAACACAAACAAACUUUAAUAACGUUCAGAGAAGGUUCUAAGAAUGUUAUUUAAAAACAUAUACAUUCCAUUCUCAGCAUCAACAAAACUCUAUGCUUGUUAGGUGUGUUGGCUCGCCCACUAAUGGGCCACACCUGAUCUAAAUGAGGGCUUGUAUUCUUUGAAAUAGGGUCUGUUUGAAUAGACUAGAUGAACAGCUCUGAAUGUGUAAAAAAAACGUGGCAUGCCUGCUCCAUCCUGGUGGUGCAGUGGACUAAUUCCAUGGAUAAAGAACAGAAGAUUAUAGGUUUGAAUCUCACUGAUGCCAUGUCAAAAUAAUUAGAAAUGUGUUUCCAUGA